CGCUGUCAGAACCGCGGGACUGCGCGUUGACAGAUGACGGGGCGCGCUUCAACAUCGGAAAAUGUGACACACGGUCCAUGCAGGAGAUUAUGUGAACUCUGACCUCUGGGCGGUUGGGUGUACUGAUGAUGAGGAAGCUAACCGUUCUAAACUGUUGACCCUUCCUUCUGCCUCUGACCAGGCCCAAGCACCAUCAUGCCUCAGCCAGGUAGCAGUGGGAUGGAGCCUGUCUUCGGUGAGGCGUAUGGGACCAACGGGUUAUCUGUGACCUUAGAGCCAUUCACCAUCUCUCCUACAGGGGAAAGCACAGAGUCAGACAACUGUCCUAAGGGUGUGGUGGUGAUGUUGGGGGCCCCAGCCCUGUCCCUGUCCCUGUCCCUGUGUCGAGGCCAGCAGCCUGGAUGUGAGCUACUCAGUGAUCUCUUGGAGGACGUGAUCACUGACGACACACACACCUCUGAGCGUUGCUGGGACGUCUCGGCCUUGGAUGACAUCACACACUAUGCCAAAGGCAGCCCAGAGGGGGCGCCACCGAGCUGCGAGAGCUCCUCCGUCUCACCUGAGGGAGACAGAGAAGAACCAUGGUUAUCCCUGAGACCAAGGGGCAGGCAGCCGAGGAGCCCUACAGACCUCACACCCUGUGUGGGGUUGGGGGCUGGACACCUCCCCCUGGCUGGGAGAGAUCCAGAGUCCUGGAGCGAAGAGGCUGGAGGGCGGGAGAGUGAAGCUGGGGAAGAUCUGCAGCAGGUGGGGCAGGAAGAAGCGGUACUUAACUACUCUCUACAGAGUGAGCCAGACACUGAGUCUAGUCAAGGAACAGACAGCGACAUUGGAGAGGAAGAGGAGGAGAAGGAGGAAGAAGAUGGGAAAGAGGAAGAGGAGAACGGGAGAGAAACCAUGGAGGAAGAGAAAGGGAAGGAAGAGGAGGAGCUUCAGUCCCACGUGAGACCAAAGAAACGCCGGCGUUACUGGGAAUGUAGCCUCUUCAGUGACCUGGGGAGAGAUGGAGAGAAAGAUAGAGAGAGAGAUGAAGAAAGGGAUGAAGUUAAAUAUGAAGGGGAUAUAAUCUGGGGCCCUAGCACCCUACUCAGCACCAUGUGCCUGAAAGAGGGGACCUCCACCAAUGGUAAGCGAGGCCAGAGGAAGGCCCGUCGCACAGACGCCAGUGACCUGACCCCCAGCCCUGGGAAGCUACAGAGCCUGGGGCAGCAGCCCCACACACUCAGCUCCGCUCUGGAGGACAUGACUCCUGUCAGUGACCUGCCUGUUACUGCCAGGACCCCAACACGGAAGGAGAGGAACAAACUGGCCUCCAGAGCGUGUCGGCUGAAGAAGAAAGCCCAGCAUGAGGCCAAUAAAAUCAAACUGUGGGGUCUGAACCAGGAGUAUGAUGGCCUGUUGGGGGCGGUGCUGCAGAUUAAGGAGCUGAUCCGCCAGAGAGUGGAGAACAGAGAAGAAGACACAGAGAGAGGAUCUCUGAGAGAGAGACUGGAGGACAUUCUGAAGGAAUCAGCUGGGCCACGUGUAGCAGGGCGAGGCAAAGCAUUUGUGGAGAGGAUCUUGACGAACGCUGCCGGAAAGAGCACCAGAGAGAUUAAGGGAGAAGGAGGGUCAUCAGACCCUAGCCACUAACCUCUUCUCCCCACCAGAGUCACUAUCCCACCCCUUCUUGCUUCACUUUGCACUUUCUAACAUGGAGAGAAGAUAGGAAAGGACAGACAGACAGACAGCCAGACAGAUAGACACACAGACAGGCAGACAGGCAGACAGGCACACAGACAGG